AUGACAGUUCUUUGUUCUCUGGCCCUAUAAAAGACAUGCCAAUGUCUUGAGUUCAGUUUAGUCUGCUGGCAACCUUAAGAAUGUUAUUCCACAAGCUUGGUCUAUUAUUGUGUUUGCUGUACACCAUGACAGACGCUGCAGCUGUUGGGGAUGGGGCAAAGGACGUCACCGCAGGCGAGGCAAGGUUUGCGUCAAAGCUUUACGGCGUAUUGUCCAAAGCCCGGACGGCUGACAAUCUCAUCGUAUCGCCGGCAAGCAUUAGAGCUGCAUUGGCGAUGGCAUAUCUGGGCGCCGAGGGCAGCACGGAGCUGGAGCUGCAGCGAGGUCUCGAAUUGCCUGUUGGCAACAAAAGUCAGGUGGCCCAGCAAUUUGCAGAGCUGCUAAGCGCGGCCAAGGCCGAAGUGGCGGCAGAGGAUGAGGAGGAGCAGCCAAAACUGAAAUACGCCAAUCGCAUUUACGUGACGGACAAAUACGCAUUGGCCGAGAAAUUUCAGCAGCUGGCCAGCAAAUAUUUUGGCGCGGCAGCGGAGAGUGUAAGUUUCGAGCAGAGCACGGAGACAGCGCAACGCAUCAACGCUUGGGUGGAGCAGCAAACGAAUGGCUUAAUCAAAGAGCUGGUGUCGUCGAGUGGGCUGAAUGCCCAAACAGCGGCAAUGUUGAUUAAUGCCAUCUACUUCAAGGCUGAUUGGCGCAACAACUUUGAGGAUUAUGCCACAUCGCCACGUGAGUUUCUGCAGCGCCAGGGCGAGCGCAUAACGGUGGACACUAUGUAUCAGUCGGACUACUUUAACUACGCACAGUUGCCAGCACUUAACGCCACCGCAGUGGAGUUGCCCUAUAGGGGCACAGAUAUUGUCUUUAUGAUCAUUCUGCCGCAGCAGCAGCAGGGACUGGCGGCACUUGAAUCCAAGCUGGAGCAAAUGGACUUGCAUGCAAUCAGCUCGCAGUUGCGUAGACAGAAAGUUGAGCUCUCGCUGCCAAAGUUCAAAUUCGAGUUUGAUGUUUCACUGCAGCAGACGCUGGAGCAGUUGGGACUCAAGGAGCUGUUCAGCACGCAGGCAAACUUUGGCAGCAUGUUGCAAGCAGCAGCGCCGCUGCACAUAAGCGAGGUCAAGCACAAGGCUUACAUAGAGCUCAACGAGAAGGGCACGAGUGCCGCAGGCGCCACCUUUGUUAAAGUGUCGCUGGAGUCGUACAUUGAGAACGAAGUUAGCUAUGAGUUCAAGGUGGAUCAUCCGUUCUUCUUUGCCAUCAAGAACAGCGAGCACAUUUACUUCAUGGGCCAUGUCAAUCAACUGAGCUAAUAAUAAUGAAUAAAUAAAUGAAGCUUGUUUGCUGUGCUAAGAGAAAAGAAAUAAAAUAAAGCAUAGUCAUAGUCAUAGUCAGUUGCCACAACGG